CUUGAGAACACUGUGUUGUCCUCAUUUCCAGAAAAAAAGAUCACCCUUCUUCUUUUCUCACAAACACCGGCAUCAUGGAGGGAGAUAGCUAUAUCGAACGCAAGAUUGACUUCGUUACGGGUCAUACUGGAAGUAACGUAUGGGAUAUCACUCAGGUGACAAUGGUGGCUCCGGCUGCGGCGUUGCUCUGGGCUGUUCUCCAAACUCGCCAGAGAUUUUUCGACCCCUACACGCCAGCAUCAUACCUGACUGAUUUCUUGCUUCAAGUCGGAGCAAUUCUAUUCGCCGUCACGGCGUAUGCUGAUAACCCUACUGUCUUGAUCGGACUUCUCCUAGUUCCUGCAAUCGGUACUGUGGUCAAUGGCGACAACAUCGACCACAGGUUUACCAAGCCUGCAAAGCCUCCGGUCAAGGAGGAAGCCACUGGACCUGUUGAGCCUGUCGAUUUGGUUCCCAUCAAGCCUUUCAUCACCACCUACAGGGGUGCUAUGAUGAUCAUCACCUGUAUUUCCAUUUUGGCUGUUGACUUCCCCGUCUUCCCUCGCAGAUUCGCCAAGGUUGAGAACUGGGGUGUUUCUUUGAUGGAUCUUGGUGUCGGUUCUUUCGUUUUUGGUGCCGGCAUGGUCUACGCGCGUCAGGCGCUCAAGGAAGAAGACGAAGAUGCACCCAAGGUCAGCUUCGCGAACCGCAUGAACUCUGCAGUCAUGCACUCUCUGCCUAUGCUUGCUCUUGGAUUCCUUCGCCUCUGGACUGUCAAGGGACUUGAGUAUCAAGAGCACGUCACCGAGUACGGCGUUCACUGGAACUUCUUCUUCACUCUCGGACUUUUGCCUCUCUUUGUCACUAUCCUCCAGCCUCUCAUCAAGUACAUUCCCUCUUACAGCGCUCUGGGCUUUGCGCUCCUCAUUCCUUAUGAGAUGUUGUUCACAUACUCGGAUAUUGGAUUCUACAUGUUCAUGGCUCCCAGAGACGACUUCAUCUCCGCAAACAGAGAGGGUAUUUUCUCAUUCCUCGGCUACUUGGCUAUCUUUAUUGUCGGACAGGGCAUUGGUAUGGAGGCACUUCGCCGUGAUGUCAACGCUGUUUCACCCAUGACACACAACGACGAGUGGGUUGCUGAGAUGCUCGGUGGAGAAGACAGCUUGAAGGAGAUCCGCAAGACGCGUGAGCAUAACUCGAUGUUCAAGCUCGCCAAAUGGACUGGCCUCUGGAUUGUCAUAUACGUCUUCCUGACUUGGCACUACGGACCUCGCUUGACCGUUUCUCGUCGUCUUGCGAACAUGCCCUACCUCGCUUGGGUCGCAGCUUUCAACUGUGGUCAGCUUCUGCUCUUCCGCGUCAUCGAGGGCAUUCUCUUCCCUUUCCUAUACACUUCUCGUGACAGGAAGGUCGAGAAGGAGCGUGUCUCGAAGGCUACCAGCAAGGUUCUCAACGCCUUCAACCGCAAUGGACUAGCUAUCUUUUGCCUUGCCAACGUUCUAACUGGUCUUGUCAACAUGACUCUGCCUACUCUGGAUAUGAACGAUUACCAGGCCAUGGCAGUUUUGAUCAGCUACAUGUCCAUCUUGACCGGUGUCGGUCUCUUUUUGGACCAGCGCAACAUUACCAUCAAGCUGUAAAUGAGGCGGAAUGAUUUGUCGAGUAGAUGAAAAAGAAAGAUAUGUACAUUUUAAUCAAUACUUAGGUGUCCUUCACACAAUCAAAUUCCUCUUGUCGUGCAGUAUAACACGAGAGGUGUAUUCCUUCCUUG